CUCCCUCCGGUACCUGUUGCUUGCCAAUAAAUCCCACCUAUUGAGAAGACAAUAUUGGUAGAGUGCUGGUAUGGAACAAUGCUGUCACUCCUUGCCUGGGCAUAUAUUCGCCAGUACGCCUCACAUCAUCACAAUUAUCACCCCCUGCUCGAGCAACAUUCCAGUAGACCUUUGGAGCAGCAGGACUUUCUCGGUAUUCGCGCGCACUUUGGCACUCACCAUGCUGCCACCGAGCAAAUCAACCAAAGCCAUCAAUAUCCGUAUGACGACGCCUCCGCUGCCGGUGGUCGGAGAGUGAAUCUGACCUCGUUGCAUCAUAUCCCGCUGAGCGCUUGGCAAGGUGUCAAACGGACUGUGGACGUGGGUGGGAUUGGGUUCGUAAAUCUUAAUCACUGCUGUACCAACGAGAGUCGUUCUUCUAUUAUGCGAUUUAGUGAUAACAGUAGCAAUUUGCUGAUAACUGAACAGAGUGUCAUCGUUGAGGUGAGUGGCAGUGGCACUUCCGGGAGCCACGUGUCUCUCGUCGAGCAGGUCCGCAGUGGUGAGACGGACAUAAACGACAGUGUCGUGGGUGUUGUUGGACGUCCUUCCGGUGUCGGCGGGGCAGAAGAUGUGUUUAGUAUGAACAUCACUCCGGCACUUUCUCAGGUUUUAUUAGCGCCAACAUCGGCGAGCGGUCCCGGAGCUGUUAUAUCGGUUGCCACGGCCACCAAAGUCGGCACUGCCAACGACAACGUGACGAGCGAGGAGAUAAAUUCUUUUUAUUUUUAUGAG